GUUCCAUCUGGAGUUCAGGCUUCAGCCAGUCUAUCGUCUACAUUGCCAUCUGUCUCUGGCUUGAACCAAUCUUCAUCCCGAAUACUAUUGGACAAAACAACAACAUGCAAAAUAUGCCUAGUGUUUCUCAGAACUCACUGGGGAACUCAAUGGGCCAAGGUGUCAAUAGCAACAUGUUCGUAAAUUCUCAGCAACUUCAAGCUAGGCAACAGAUGGUUUCCCUACAGCAACAACAACAGUCUCAGAAUUCACAGCAGUAUAUUUACCAGCAGCAGCAAUACCAACAGCAGCUUUUGAAGCAGAAGCUUCAGCCAGUCCCACAUUCGCUCAUGUCAUCUCAAUUCCAACAACAGCAGCAGCAACAGCAGCAACAGAAUGUGCUACAGCCAACUCAGCUGCAGGCUUCUCAGCAGUCUGUCCUCCAAACAUCUUCUGUCAUGCAGCCGCCAUCAAUGCAACCAGCUCCUCUAGCUGGUCUCCAACAAAAUCAACAGUCUUCAGUUCCACAGUCAACACAGUCCAUGAAGAGUUAUUCUUCUACUUUUGUAGUGUCUACUGAUAGCUCUGCCCAAAUGGGGCAUUCGGCCGGGGGUGACUGGCAAGAGGAGGCUUACCAAAAGAUGAAAUCCAUGAGGGACACAUAUUUACCUGAAUUGAAUGAGAUGUACCAGAAAAUCUCUAUGAAGUUACAGCAGCAUGAGUCUCUUCCGCUACAGCCAAAGUCAGAUCAGCUUGACAAAUUGAAAAAUUUUAAAUUGAUAUUGGAGCGCGUAAUUGCUAUUUUGCACGUUAACAAAGCUGAUAUAGUGCCUUCUUUCAAGGAGAAGCUGGUUCAUUAUGAGAAACAGAUUAUAAACUUUAUCAACACAAGUAGGCCCAGGAAAGUAGCUAUGCAGCAAGGGCAACUUGCCCCUCCUCAUAUGCACUCAAUGCAGCAGCAGCAGCAGCAGCAGCAAUUGCAACCUCAAACUACUCAAGUGCAGCCACAUGAAAAUCAAAUGAACCCUCAAUUAGAAUCAACGAAUUUACAAGGAUCUGUAGCAUCAAUGCAGCAGAACAAUAUGGGAAAUUUGAAUCAUUAUUCUAUGUCUUUGUCUGGGGUUUCAAAUGCACAGCAAACUAUGAUUGAUUCCCUACAGCUGAAUUCCAAUAUGGACUCUGGAACAGGUAAUGCCUCGAGUACAAUGCAGGUGGUUGGUAUGGGAUCUAUGCAGCAGAAUCCUGUUGCUCCACAACAGGUGAAUAUGAGCACCAUGCAGCAACAGGGUGGGGUAUACAUGUUACAAUCAAAUGUCAACAAACAUCAGUCUAAUUCCAAUAUGCUUCAAUGUCAGCCUCUCAAACAGCAACAGGAACAACAGAUGCUACAGACACAGCAGCUUAAGCAACAAUAUCAGCAACCUCAAAUGCAGCAGCAACUCAAACAACAGCUUCUGCAGCAGCAGCUUCCUUUGCAACUGCAGACUCAUCAAAGGCGUUCCAACAUCCAACUCCGGAAUGCAGCUUGGGCGCUGCUGUUAUUAGUAGUUGUCAUCUACUAUAUUAAAGUUUUUCUUCUUUCUUAGUGUAGAAAUUGAUAGGGGACAAAAGAGGAGAGCAUACAAACUGAUUCAUGUUUGCCACUCGCACUUUUAUUAUUAGUUAAAUAAGACUUAGGGUCGAAUGAUAAACAUUCUGUUUCAUAAAUUUAUUUCUUGCCAUUUCGGUGGUAUUUGAUAACAUUUAUGUUAACGGGAACAAUUUCUAUUUAGACAUAGUUUUCUUGAUAA